AUGUUCAGACAAACCCUCCGCCAGGUCGCCAGACAAUCCUCCACCGUCGUCAGAAGAACGUACGCCACCGAGACCGGCUCCGACGCCUUGAAGUUGUCCUUGGCGCUCCCCCACCAGACCUUAUACUCGGAGUCCGAGGUGCAGCAGGUGAACUUGCCCUCGGUCAACGGAGACUUGGGUAUCUUGGCCAACCACAUCCCAAUUGUCGAGCAGUUGAGGCCAGGGCUCUUGGAGAUCAUCUCCAAGGGCGGCGAGACCGAGCAGUUCUUCGUGUCCGGCGGGCUUGCCACGGUCCAGCCAGGCAACAAGUUGACGGUGUCUGCCAUCGAGGCGUUCAAGCCCGAGCAGUUCGACGCGCAGCAGAUCAAGACCUUGAUUGCCGACGCCCAGAAGAGAGCCUCGUCCGCCGACGAGACCGUGGCCGCCGAGGCCAACAUCGAGUUGGAGGUUCUCGAGGCCUUGCAGCACGUGGCCAAGUAA